AUGUCCUCCGCCGACUCUAGCACGCUGAAACGGAAGCACUCUGUGUCCACCCAGCAGAAGCUGUCCUUCACCGCCCAGCAGAAGCCCAACUCGGCCGCCACGGCUGCCCUCUCGCCCACGAACAAGCGCACCCGCCGCGAGAGCUCCCCCCGCGAAGCCGCCACACCAAGCAUCAUGAGCACCGCCGACAUGUACAGCUUCCCCAGCAAGCGGGCGAGCGUGCCGAACGGCAAAGAGGUCGUGGACAUGACGUCGAGCCCGGACAACAGCCCCGCGAAGCCUCGCAACGGCGUUAUGCGCAAGACAGCACCGAGCAUGGGCGUCAACGCCGCACCCAAGCGAUUAAUGGUCAAGAACUUCCGCCCCGUCCGCAAAGUCGAUCCCAGGGACUUUCUCGACCAGACAUGGCAGAAGAUCGAGGCCGCGCUGAACACCGUCUUCAAGCAGGCCGAGAUCGACUUCAGCCUCGAGGAGCUGUACCGCGGCGUCGAGAACCUCUGCCGACAGAACAUGGCGCGCGACGUCAAGGACAGGCUCGUCAAGAAGUGCAAGGAGUACGUGAGCGGCGCGCUGAAGGCUAGGGUCAAGGAGAGUCUGGGCCGGACCGACGUCGACGUGCUCCGUGCCACGCUGCAGGCCUGGAGCACAUGGCAUGACCAGGUCCAGUACCUCGACUGGAUCUUCUGCUACCUCGAUCGUUCGUACUUGCUUCCUCGCCACGAGUCUCUGCGCGACCUCUCGGUCGGGCUCUUCCGCGCCAUCAUCUUCGAGCAUGCAAAGCUCAACCCGCGCAUCAUCGACGGCGCCUGCCAUCUCGUUACUGCCGAUCGAACGGGCGGGCAUUUAGACAGCGACAUGUUCAAGAAGACAGUAGAUAUGUUCCACGACAUGAGCGUCUACACAGAGCACUUUGAGCCCCGGCUGCUUGAGCUCAGUCAGGAAUACGUCUUGAAGUGGGCCGAUGUCGAAAGCGAGCAGAAGUCGUUGCCCGAGUACGUGCGCAGCGCAAGAGCGCUCAUGGACCGUGAGAUGCAGAGGGCCGACUCGUACCGGCUGCCGAACACGACGAAGCGCGACCUCCUUACCUUGCUCGAGGACCACCUGAUCUCGCGGAAGGAGGAGAGGCUGAUCAACCAAGACGAGUUUGCAGAUCUGCUGGAAGCAAACUCGGUCGAGGAUCUUGAGCUCUUGUACUCGCUCCUCGAGAGACGUAGACUCGGAAACAAGCUACGACGGGGUUUCACGAAGUGGAUCGAGGAUGAGGGCACGGCAAUUGUGUUCAACGAGAAGGAGCAGGAGAACAUGGUCGUUCAGCUCUUGACGCUCAAGCGGCAGCUAGACACCUUCUGGAAAGUGUCUUUCCAUCGCGAUGACGAGCUUGGCCAUGGUCUGCGCGAGUCGUUUGAAUUGUUCAUGAACAAGACGAAGAAGACGAGCGCAAGCUGGGGUACCGACAACUCCAAGACUGGCGAGAUGAUUGCCAAGUACGUCGAUAUGCUGUUGCGAGGUGGCGCGAAGGCUAUUCCUGCGCAGCUCAGCCGGAGAGCAUCGGCCAAGGUGGAUGUCGCAGAGGCUGAGGACGACAACGAGGAGGCAAUCUAUGAUGAGGACACCGAAGUCAACAAUCAGCUGGAUCAAGUACUGGAUUUGUUCCGAUUUGUGCAUGGCAAGGCUGUGUUCGAGGCGUUCUACAAGAAGGACCUGGCUAGGCGUCUGUUGAUGGGCAGGAGUGCCAGUGCGGACGCUGAAAGGAGUAUGCUGUCAAGGCUGAAGACAGAAUGUGGCGCGGGCUUCACAGCAAACCUCGAGCAGAUGUUCCGCGACAUCGAGCUCUCGCGCGAAGAGCUGGCAUCCUACAAGAUGAUCUGCGAAGAGCGCGGUCAAAAGCAAAGCGUCGACCUAAACGUCAACAUCCUCUCCGCAUCCUCAUGGCCCACCUACCCCACAGUCCCCGUCAUCAUCCCGCCGGAGAUCAAGUCCGCCAUCGACAAGUUCGAAGCGCACUACAAGUCGAAGCACUCAGGCCGCAAGCUAGAACUCAAGCACGCCCUCGCCCACUGCCAACUCAAAGCCAACUUCCCCAAAGGCAACAAGGAACUCGUCGUCUCCUCGUUCCAAGCCAUCGUGCUCCUGCUCUUCAACGGCAGACCAGCGGCCGAGCACAUUGACUACAACUACCUGAAGCAAGCGACCGGUCUCCCCCCCGCAGAGCUAAACCGCACCCUCCAGUCCCUCGCCUGUGCCAAACUGCGGCCCCUGACCAAGCACCCCAAGGGCCGCGAGAUCGCGCCCACCGACACCUUCACCCUGAACGCGUCCUUCAGCGACCCCAAGUACCGCAUCAAGAUCAACACGGUGCAGCUCAAAGAGACGGCCGCAGAGAACAAGGAGACCCACGAGCGCGUCGCCGCGGACCGCAACUACGAGACCCAGGCCGCCAUCGUCCGCAUCCUCAAGGCGCGCAAGCGCAUCAGCCACGCCGAGCUGGUUGCUGAGACCAUCACGGCGACGCGGAGCAGGGGCACGUUGGAGGUCAGUGGGAUUAAGCGCAAUAUCGACCGGCUGAUUGAGAAGGAGUUUCUGGAGCGCGAGGAGGAUGGGUUGUAUGCGUAUAUUGCGUAG